ACUUCUUCAAUCUUGAUAUCGUCUUAUCUUCUUUGUUGAGAGUUCACAUGUGCAUUUACAUAUAUUCUACGCAAGAAUAGCAUGGACUAAACAGAUCUUGCGCUCAAAAGAAGGGGUCAUCAGCCACAUCAUUCUUGCUAAAGUUCGUCUGUGUUUAACAGCUAGUGGCAUGAGUUCCUGAACAUCAUCCGACGAAGUUUAGUUCUUGCCCUUAAGAACCACAAUUCAUUCCUUCAAAAUCAGAUUGUCUGCAGCAACUUACUAAGGAGAUAUGAAGGCUAAUCAAGUUCAACUGAUUCCAUCUAGUAACACAGAAUUAGUUCCACGCAUGAUUGUGCCCGAGCUCCUAAAAAAAGGUAAUUAUAGAAGGUGGCGCAUUUUCUUGGAACAUUAUUUAGUGGCUCAAGAUCUUUGGGAUGUUAUUUUAUCAAGUGAGAUGCCUGAGGAUCCUAGGGAUUGGGUUAGAAAGAAUGCUCUAGCUCUAUAUGCGAUUAAGAUUUCAUGUGGAGCAGAAAGCUUUGAUAGGAUUGAGGAGAUGUAUUCAGCCAAAGAUGCGUGGAAUGCGUUGGCUGAUUUGCAUAAACAACCUAGUGAAACCAAUUAUUUUGCUGAUUUGCUUAAACAACUGAGUGAAACCAAUUAUGCAGAAACUUGGGAAAGGAUGUUGGUCCACAAUGGAAGGACUAAAUUUGUGUGCUUACUCGAGGACAUCCAUGCUGGGAAUUGGGAUGCCCUAAAAGGGUUGGAUGAAAUUACUGAAAUACUUUUUCCUGGUGGUUUCACUGUUCUCCAUAUUGCAACUACUUGUGGUCAGUUGAAGAUUGUCUGUGAAUUGGUUAAGAUGGCGAGAAAAGAGUACUUGGAGAUACAAGACAACAAUGGUGAUACAGCCCUUUCCCUUGCUGCUUGUAAUGAAAAAAUAAAGAUAGCAGAAUGCUUGGUGCAGAAGAAUGUUAAAUUGCUUACUAUUUCAAACAAUGAAGGACACAUACCACUUGUGGUGGCAUGCAUUAACCACCAGAACGAUAUGGCAUCCUAUCUCUACUCUAAAACUGAAUCUGAAUUCUUACGUUCAAAUAGUAGCAAUCAGGGAACCUUGUUCGUCAAAUAUUGUGCACUCAAUUUUAUGCUUGAUGUUGGUUUGGAAGAGUACCUUCGUUGUCCACGCUUAGCAGCUAGUAAAGAAUCCAUUACUAUCUUAGAAUUGUCUCGUCAGCCUUCUCUAUUCUUCAGUGGAGCAGCAUCGAAUUUCAUGCUUUUGGAUAUUCUAUUGUAUCUAUGUCUAUAUGUUGGAAAGCUGCCUUCUCCCUCUGAUGACGCUGUCAGUACAAGUAGACUUGUAAUCUUCAGAAUACAAUUGGCUUGGGUUAAAGUAAUGGAUAGAAUAUUAGGACUCUUUUUCUUUCGAUUCCAUAGACCUGGUAAACUGAGGCGCUUAUAUAAUCUGAAAUUAACACAUAGGUAUGCUCAUCUAGUUCUGCGUCAUUGGUGCUGGAAGAUAUCAACCUACAGGGAUGUGAAACAAGUUGUUGAAAGUGGAGCAAUCUCAAUAAUCUUCCAAGCAAUCAAGCAAGGCACUAACGAGAUUGUGUUUGAGAUUCUUAAAGCAAACCCCGAUUUAAUUUGGUACAAUGAAAAGCUUGCAAAAGAUCUACUCUCCUCUGUAAUCAAAUAUCGUGAAGUUGGUCUUUUAAGUUUUGUUACCAGGUUUGAGGCAGGGAAGAAAGCACUUCUCUCUUUAGAAGAUAAAGAUGGAAACAAUGCGUUGCAUCUAGCAGCCAAGUUACCUGACCGUCUUUAUGAGUCUGUCGGUAUCCAUGCAGCUUGGACCAUGACAUUCGAAGAUUGGUGGCUUGAGAAGAUAAAGAGUUACCUACCAUGCUGGUAUCAUGAAGACGAAAAUCUUUAUGGUGAAACUCCAGAGCAAGUUUUCUACAGGGAACACCAGGAAUUGAUAACAGAUAUGGAGGAAUGGGGAAAGAGAACUGCAAAGUCUUAUAGUCUUGCGUCGGUUUUAAUUGUUACCAUUAUGUUUGCAGCACUCUUUACGGUUCCUGGCGGGAUCGAUGAAAAGACCGGCAUGCCCAAAUUAUUGCACAUAAAACAGUUAUCCGGGUUUCUAAUGUGUGAUGCAGUGUCCUUCAUUAGUGCAUCAACUUCUUUACUUGUAUUUCUGAGUGUACUCACACAAACUUACAAAAGAGGUCGUCGUCGUCGCAGAGUUUUGCCCUUUAAAUUGUUGUUUGCCAUUACCACCCUCGUCAUUUCGAUAGCAACGAUGAUCAUGGCCUUCAUUUUUGCUCUUGCGGUGAUGUUAGAAAACAAGCGGCAGGUAUUACUACCUCUUAUAUUAUACCUCCUUGUAGGUUUUGUCGUCUUGUUGUAUGGCUGGCAUGCUCCCACACUUCUAAGCCUUCUUGAAAUCGCGAUUUUACAAAAAAAAAACAGACCAUGAGAGUACGAUACAAAAACAAGACCAUCAGAGAGAGUCGUAUGUGGACGGCAUUUGAAGAGUGUUUGAUGGUGUUAAAUUACUCUCUAUUUAUUUUUAAAUUUGUAAUGCUCUGCCUUCAUGUUAGAAACAUUUGUUUGCGAAAAUUAUUGGUGUUCGGAUUUGAUAUGUUUAAUUGUAAGUAUUUGUUAUUCAUUUUAACGUGAACAAUUUAGAUUUAGUAGUGGAGAAUGAUUUGGGAUUGGUAGGGGGUAUUGACUACUCCCUACAUCCCAAACUA